UUGAAACCCGUUAAGUAAGGACGAAAGUGUUUUUCAUCAUAAAGAUGGUUGUCUGGUUCUAGUUUUCGAGAAAAAUAAGGGUAGUAAUUGUCACGACGUUUAAACUUUAUUUUGCUGUGCGUCAUGAUUUCCAAUCACAGGCCGCCGCCAAGUGACCGAGGAAAAGUUAUAGACCGUCGAUGCAACUAACUGGAGUUGAAUGGGAACGGAGACACACUUUAAAUUAGAAGAUGCAUUUUGGUGUCCCCGCUAAUUCGCUGCUGCUCUUCCGUGCCUGCGACGAGGGGGACUAUGAAACAGCCCGAGGUAUCCUGGAGCCCGGAGCCCCAAAAGAGUCCGGGAGGCAGAGCAGGCUGCGGUCAGAAGUGGGGUCGGAGUGCAAUACCGUGGACAUGUUGUCUCUGGUACCGGUGGACUCUACGGACGAGGAGGGGAACACCGCCCUACAGUUUGCCUCAGCCAGCGGUCAUGAGAACCUGGUCCGGUUUUUGCUACGAAAGGGGGCAUCGGUGGAUAGCCGCAACAACUACGGCUGGACCCCGCUGAUGCAGGCUGCUAGGUUUGGUCACCUGACUGUAGCCCACAUCCUGUUGGAGAACGGGGCAGAGAUUAACGGACGGAACCGGCUCGGUGCAAGUGUUCUGACUAUGGCCGCUCGUGGGGGACACACGCAUGUAGUCAAGCUACUCCUGGAGAGCGGGGCCUACGCUGAUGACUACGAUCAUCUUGCUAUUGCUGCAGAGGCAGUAUCCAACGGCAACAACAACAACAGCUGCAGUGGGAACGGUUUUGGAGGAAGUGAAAGCUGUCUAGGAGACAGUGGCGGUAGAGAAUUCAUGGACAUCAUAGCCUUGAUGGUCGCGUCUCAGCAUGGCCACGAGGCCACGGUGCGCCUGCUGCUAGAAUGGGGCUCUGAUGUCAACUUUUCUCAGAAGACCACUGGCUGGGGACCACUGAUGGUGGCCACCCUCAGCGGGAAGGUGGCUGUGGCUCAGCAGCUGGUGGAGCGAGGAGCGGACCCAGACAGGAUCAAUGUUCUGUCCAAGACGGCCUUUGAACUAGCCAUGCAGCUUAAACAGAGAGACAUCAAGGCUUAUCUGGACUCCAUCACCACUGUGCGACCACAGACAGACGAUGAGAGAAGAAGACCAGAUGUGUUCAGUGCUCUCAAGUUGGGAAAUUCACAGCUGGUCAAGGAGAUCUUGGAGGAGGAUCCUACUCAGGUGAACUCAUCCAAUCAGGAGGGAGCGUCGCCUCUCAUGAUCGCGGCAGUGAGUGGUCAGCUAGAGGUGGUGCAGCUGAUGGUGGAUAAGAAGGCCGACAUAGACAAACAAGACGGUGUCCAUGGGUGGACCGCUUUAAUGCAGGCCACCUAUCAUGGUAAUAAAGACAUUGUCAAGUACCUGUUGAGUCAAGGGGCUGAUGUCAACCUCCGAGCUAAGAAUGGAUACACAGCCUUUGAUUUGGUCAUGUUGCUGAACGACCCAGAUACAGAGUUGGUGCGUCUGUUAGCAUCAGUUUGUAUGCAAGUAGACAAGGACAAGUCGAAACACCGUGGCAAAGCAUUAAUAACUCGCUCCAAAAGCCGACAGUCCCUCAACAACGUCCCUGUGCCACCUGACGAGAAGGGAGGCCUAAAGUCCUGGUGGAGCCGGAUGUCCAAUCGGUUCCGUCGGCUUAAGUUGACUCACACACUGAGGCACAGUCUUUCAUCCAACCGACUGGCUCCAUUUCCAGACGAUGCUGAAGCUUCAUUGGAUGCCACAAUGAAGGCGGAUAGGAAGCAGGCUGCUGUGUCUAAUGCGGCGCUGGCAUCAACUUCUGCCAUGGGGGGGAACGACAACAACACUGCUUGGGCUGUCAAGAGCAAAGAUUCUGGUCUUGGCAGGGCAAACUCAGAAAAGGAGGACUUUCUAAUAACCACAAUGCUCAGGAGUGGUGCGCCCUUAACCCGUCUGCCCAAUGACAAACUCAAAGCGGUGAUCCCUCCCUUCCUGCCUCCGUCCAACUUUGAACCGUGGAACUCUGACCGCUCGCGUCUCCUCAGGGAGGGGAAGAGCGAAACACCCCGCCUGCCCAUGCCACCCCAGAGGAAGCUGAACAGCAGUGGAAACUCAGAUAUUACAUCUAUCAGUCGUGUGGUUAGCAGGUCCAUAAAGUUUCCCAGCAUCCCUAAAGGCCCUUCCUCAUCCUCUCCUUCAAACUCUGGUCACUACCACUCCCCCCACUCUUCAGGAGGCUCCAAUGGAGUGGCAGGAAUCAACCGGGACUCGCACAACCGUUCAGGGGGCAGCGCAGACAGUGUUCUCUCCCAGAUAGCAGCCCAAAGGAAGCGAGCAGCGGGCCUGAUAGAUGUGAAGACACAGGCUCCAGAAAAGCCGCCCAGCCAGACCCACAGCCAACCCUCAGUGCCCCCCCCAGCUGACCGCCUGCCGCUGCCUGAUAUCAGCCUCCCUGAAAUCCACUCCCACCAAAGCCUGGUCGCUCCUGACAUCCACUCCAGAAGGAAGAUGGAUUUAAAGAAGAGACCUCAGUCUGGUAACUCCUCCACAUCCAAGAGCACGUCGCCCACUCUGACUCCGUCUCCCUCCCCAACGCCAAAGCCCCCCACCGGGCCGGGAGAUUCUCUGUCCUCAGCCUCCUCCCAUCCUCGCUCCAAGAGCAGUGGUGGCUCGAGCAGUGGAACCAUAACGGAUGAAGACGAGUUGUCGGGUAUUUUGAAGAAACUGUCCCUGGAGAAAUACCAGCCCAUAUUUGAGGAACAGGAGGUGGACAUGGAGGCGUUCCUGACUCUAACAGAUGGAGACCUGAGGGAGCUGGGCAUUAAAACAGACGGACCCAGACAACAGAUCUUGGCUGCCAUAUCAGAGCUCAAUGCUGGGAAGGGCCGUGAAAGGCAGAUCCUUCAAGAGACCAUCCAUAACUUCCAGUCUUCCUUUGGUAGCAGCGCCAGUAACACAAGACAACCAGGUGAAUCACGCUCACCAACAGGUUGGAUGAGACACCAGGUUCGUUCCGCCAACAAAAGGUAGCCCAGCAGCCCAGAUGUGCAACAGUACAUCAAAGGUACUUAGAAUAAGACUAAAACGCUGGCAACCUACAGCCAAGGUACGACUUAAAUGGAGUCUUCUGGACGUGUCCCAGACUACUCGUGCAAUGGGAUGCUGCAGCAAAACAACCAACAAGACCCUGGAAAAACUGCUUAUAGGAUCAACCCCAUUAAAUAAUUCCUCUUAUGGAUCCUAAAGCAGGAAAGGUAUGACGGGGCUGGUUGAGUCCAAAGCAGAAUCAUUUGCAACGCACAAAUGUCGCAAAAUCUACUGCUAAUGCAGCGAAAAGGGUUACGCAAAGGGGGUUGAGAGUAGAGAGUAUCCGAACAAAUGUGAGAGACACAGCCUAUGUGUUGUUAAAACGGAAAGGUAAGUCAGGAGAAAGAAAGAGACAGAUUACGAGUAUAACAAUAAAAAAUACUUACAGGUACUGUAUUAGUGAUACUGUGAUUGAGACUUAAAAGGUGCACUGAUGAGAAAAGAAUAUGAAGUGAGGGAAAAAAGGGAUAUAAGCAAAGGUUUAUUAUAGUCAUCCAUUCUCUGGGACAGUUUUUGCUAGUGUGUUUAUGUCUUUUAUGUCUUCAUUUUAUAAUAUGUUUCUUAAUGCUCUUAAUGUCUUUCAUUUUUGUAAAGCACUUUGAAUUGCCUUGUGUUGAAAGGUGCUAUAUAAAUAAACUUUCCUUGCCUUAUAGGCCACUAUGUAAAAAAAGAGGAUUUUUAUUUAGUAGAUAAAUAAACAUGAUGAUGCAUAAGGUUUUUUUUUUACAGUUCAAGGUUUUAUUUGACUUAGAAUGAGAGGACAUUGGCAAAAACACAUUUUGGGAUUGUUUUAUGAGCAGUAUACAUUAAGAUUUAAUGACGGGCAUUGUGCAAAAGUUUCCACUGAGCCUGUUCUAUGUUUUUGCAUCUGGCUCCGUCCUUACGAAGCACUACAUCAUUCCAAAAUAUUCGGUACUUAAAAUCCAAGAUUUAAAUCCACCGGAUGGUUUGUGUUCACAUGGGUCGGAUCAAUAUGAGAUGAAACCGAUAUCAUAUCCUGUUUAGUAGUGUUCUGUGCCUGUGGAAAGAUGAAUAAACAUUCUGUACGCUUUCAAAGAAGAAUCUGGAUGAUGAAUUGAAUCAUUAAAAACAUGAAUGAAAUCUGUGAAAUGCUUCAGAACAAAAAUAAACUUCCACAAGAUGGCGGUGACCUUC